AGCUAAUUAAAUGGAAGCAAAAGAAAAAUUGUUGGCUUUAGAAAUGGGAGUUCAAGGCUGGCGCCAUGGUUCAAUAGACUAAUCCUCUGCCUUGCGGCGCUGGCACACUGGGUUCUAGUCCCAGUCGGGGCGCCGGAUUCUGUCCCAGUUGCCCCUCUUCCAGGCCAGCUCUCUGCUAUGGCCAGGGAGUGCAGUGGAGGAUGGCCCAAGUGCUUGGGCCCUGCACCCGCAUGAGAGACCAGGAGAAGCACUGGCUCCUGGCUUCAGAUCAGCGCAAUGCGCCAGCCGCAGCACGCCGGCCGCAGCGGCCAUUGGAGGGUGAACCAACGACAAAGGAAGACCUUUGUCUCUCUCUCUCUCUCUCACUGUCCACUCUGCGUGUCAAAAAUUAAAAAAAAAAAAAAAUGGGAGUUCAAGGCCUAUUCUGGCACUGUACCUCCUUUUAUCAUGACCAGCAAAAAAGCCAAGUGUUUAGAAAAGAGAAGUUACUUUCCAUACACUUAGAAAUAACCUCACAGUCAUUUCCUAAAGUGAUGAAAUACAAAAACUUUUCAACUUAACAAGUGGUCAAGGAAGUGUUAGAGAACGGGAAACAGCUCCUUCCUUUGUAUCGCCAUAUAUGUUAAAUACUGUACGAAGAGCCGCAAAAAUUCAGUUGACUGUCGCAGAAUCCUGGAACUGGAAGGGCCCAUAGAAGCAAGUAUGAAUUUGCUCAUUAUGUAGGCAAGAAAACUGGGAUCCGAGCUUCCCAGAGUCAAAACACAACAACAACAACAAUAAACCCAGAAUCUUGCUGACUUGAAACCAAGUUCAUUGCUCUUCCCAGUUUUCGUUCCAUGUUGAGGGGAAACAGAAUAAACACUAGGACCUGUCCAAAAUUUUGACUUAGAAGCUUGAGGGUACAGAUUUCAACCUCGAGUUAAUACCAUCCAGGUUUUACUUAAGACACACUCAAGUGAACUCAUUUAAACAACCCCUCCAACCUAACUCCAGAGAGGAUUUCUCAGCAGUCUUGGGUCAACGGUGACUCAAUUUCCACUCUGGAGGGGGACAGAACGAGUACCAAACGCAAAAUCCAUCUUUUCAGGUCUAAGUAAAUCCUUCCUUCACUUUCUACCUAGCCUGCUCUUUCUUGAAAGAGCAACUUGACCCGUCACCGGCCGAGUCCAUUGUUGGCCCCAUAACACCAUUCAGACGCCAGAAUGCCAGGGCCGGCGCUGUUCCUUUGGGCGUUAGCCACGACCACCUGUGCGCCCAUGUGUCCCUCGGGCCACUGAAGGAUUUUAGACUAUAUGGCGGCAUAAUUCAGGGUUUAGUGGUGUUUGCCAGAUGUACCCUUCCACCUGGAAAGCCGUCUCUGAAAUGCUAACCAUCGGCACAUCUAGUGGCCCACUUCUUCGGCUACUCAUCCCCUGCACUGCGCUUUCCUAACCAUGCCUGGCUCCAGUCUCACCGGGACAGGCAACUCACACGGCGCCCGCACAGUUUCCUCGCGGGUCGGGAGACCCAGAACAUCCGGGAAGCUGCAGGGUGCGUGCUGGAGAGCGCGGGGCCCCGCUGGCGUGGGCAGGCGUCUCGCACCUUUCUCCAGGAAGAAGAUGCAAGCCUGCCCCAUACGAAUCCCAACUGUAAGCAAUGACACCGACUGGGACUUCUGCUUCCAUUUGUCACAGCAAACUGAGUUCCCAGCAUGCCAGCAAACAGAAGAGUUGUGUACCACUUGUGGGUCUGGAGAGAGUGAAGAAGACACAACAGCCCAGAUGGAGGACAUAGUCAUUGACUGUAUGUCUCUUCCCAAAGAGAAAUUAGCACAGGCCCAGAAGAAAAUAGUUCAGCUGAUUAAGGAAAAAAUGAAUAUCCAAGCAAACAAGGAGCUGAUUCGAUGUGUCAUCCUUUCUCGGAUUAUUUUUGGGGAAGAUCACUGGAAAUGUGCACAGGCUUUGGCCAGCCUGGCUUAUGGCUACUUGACACUGAGAGGCCUCCCAGCUCAGGCCAAGAAACAUGCUGAGUCUGCCAAGACCACACUCUUGACCUGGAAGGGGAACACGACCUCAGAAAAGGAGAAAAAGGAAAUCCUGGAUGCCCUGGUCAUGCUCUACUAUACUGUGGGGGUGGCUUGGCUCCUCCAGAACCACGGCAGAGAGGCCUAUUUCAACCUGCAGAAGGCAGAGAGAAACAUGAAGGAGCUGAAAGAAUUAUGUAAGGGAAGUGUUUGUGAAUUACAAGUCUCAGAGAAAGACCUAACAAUUGCUUUGGGCAGAGCCUCCUUGGCCAUCCACAGGCUGAACCUAGCUUUGGCAUACUUUGAGAAAGCAAUUGGCAACGUGAUUGCUGCCAAGGGUGAUGGCACAUCAGAUCUGAUCAGCCUGUAUGAGGAAAUAGCUCAGAUUGAACAGCUGAGGAGGAACCAUGACAAGGCCAUCCAGUACCUGAAGCAGGCCCAUUCUAUUUGUGUUUCUUCGUUCACUGAAGUCAGCCCCCAAACUGCAGAGGCUAAUGCUUUACUAGCCAGAGCUUAUGCCAUGUCCGGAGAGCCCCAGCACAAGGAUGCUAUUGAGACAUAUUUUAUAAAAAGUAUUAGUGCAUAUCAAGUAACAUUGGGCUCAGAAGAUUCUGAAACACUGGCCACCAUUGAAGAAUUUUGCAAAUGGCUUGUCCAAAAUGGGGAAAAACAGGAAGCUUACAGACUGCUGAAGUCGUUACUGAAGUCCCAGGUUACCAGCUAUGGUGACUGCAGUGAAAAAGUGGCUGAGACUUUUUAUAACAUGGCCAGGAUCUGCUUUGCCGAAGGGGAGCUCGGAAAGGCAAUUCAGCUACUUAGGAAGUGUCUGAUGAUUCAAAUCUUUGUGUAUGGAAGUGAACACAGUAAAAGCAGAGAGACAAAAAGCCUCCUUACCCUAUUGCAAAGGGCAAACACCAGUUCAUCCCAAUGGAGGAGAGAAGCCAUUCCAGGAGGAAGGAACUCCAUGUGCAAGGGCACCGAAGCAUGACUGAGGCAGCAGACCCCAGGAGUGGCAUGUGAAGAAACAAGGAACAGGAGAGGCUAAGUGAUUUGUUCAAGGUCAGCGGGUGAUUAUAAAGCAGGCUUCCUGAAUCGCAGACGAUCAGUUACCUUUUGCACCCUGCUGCGCUACCUUCGCCAAACUGCCUUCAAGACCCUCAGUCUGGAGAGGAGCGCUCGCUGAGGUUGGUUGGGAAAGAACUUCCAGGUAAGACCGUCACUCUUGAGUUAUGUUCCUUCCUUCAAGGUUACGUUAGCAACGCCUUGACUUUCCCGCUCUCAUGCUUUCUCAAUUGUCUUAGCUGAUGUAGUGGAACUCAAAGACCCUGCGUCGGUGGGGACACAUGUUUUCCUACCAGCUCCUCUGCUGCUCACUCAGUACUCACAGAACCACAUUUUCAUCCAAGAAAUUAUUUCAGUCAUUGGUCCAGCCUGCAAAGUCUACUAAUCAGUUGGUACCCAAGAGACGGUGGUGUGCAGUGUUCUGCUGUGGCUUGUUCACAGAUUGCUAAGCUUGCGACUGCAAUGCUUAUAGGCGUGGCACUUGCAGUCAAGGUCCCAGGUUGCAGGCGGGGCUGAAGGCAUCUACAUCCUAGAACCCUUCUCUGCAGUGCUUAUCAAAUGGGCACUUUCCCUCAUUGUUCAUUGUAGCCCUCCCUGGCGACGGGGCUGCUGUUCCUAGAAUACUCUGACUUGACUGCAGUAGCCUCAGAAUUGUUCCCAGUUCCCUAGACCUGGUUGACAAUGGAUUUUCAAUGGCUGUGGUAAAGAACCAGAAAGCAGCAGCCAUUCAGACUCCCAUUCUGAGCGACACCAACAUUUUAAACCUUUUACAAUAUUGUGAGACCUGAAUUUUAAAGAUCUCCAAAUUGACAAAUGUGUGUGAAUGAAACCACAGCAUGAAGUGUAGCGUCAUAAAAUUUCAUAGUGUACCUGUUUUUUGCAUUUGAAAAUUGUUAAAUACUUUGUUUUUUAUUGUCAGUGUAAAGUUGUUUUCUGAGAUUUUGAUGGUAAAGUGUUUUAUGAAAUGGUGGUGAUAAUGAGUGGUAGUUACAAAGAAUUAUUUUCACUGCCUGUGAGAGAGAUACAGAUCUUGUUUCACUCUUCAAAUGCCUGCAACAAGAACCUAGGAAUCGGGGCUGGUGCUGUGGCACAGUGGGUAAGGCCUGCAGUGCCAGCAUCGCAUAUUCUAUAUGGGUAUUGGUUCGAGUCCCGUCUGCUCUAUUUCCAAUCUGGCCCCCUGCUAAUGUACCUGGGAAAGCAGUGGAAGAUGACCCAGGUCCUUGGGCCCCUGUACCCAAGUUGGGGACCCAGAAGAAGCUCCUGGCUUCAGAUUGGCCCAGCUCUGGCCAUUGUGGCCAUUUGAGGAGUGCCCAGUAGAUGGAAAAGUCUCUCUCUACCUUUCAAAUAGAUAAAUAAAUAAAUCUAAAAGUGAACCAGUGGAUGCAAUCAUCUCUCUGCCUUUCAAAUAAAUAAACAUUAAAAAAAAAAAAAAAAAAAAAAGCAGCCAGGAA